AUGUGCUACACGCAAGUUUCUGCAGGAAAUCAACAUUCAGUCCUUCUGCGAAGUGAUGGGAGUGCCGUUGCUUGCGGAUGCAACAGGUAUGGACAAUGCGACAUUCCACCUUUGGAGGAUGGUAUGUGCUACACCCAAAUUUCUGCAGGAGCUAGUCAUUCAGUGCAUUUACGAAGUGAUGGGAGUGCCGUUGCUUGCGGAUGGAACAGGUAUGGACAAUGCGACAUUCCACUUUUGGAGGAGGGAAUGUGCUACACCCAAGUUUCUGCAGGAAUUGCUCAUUCAGUGCUUCUGCGAAGUGAUGGGACAGCCGUUGCUUGCGGCAUGAAUGAUGAUGGACAAUGCGACAUUCCACCUUUGGAGGAGGGAACGUGCUACACUCAAGUUUCCGCAGGACAUGGUCAUUCAGUGCUUCUGCGAAGCGAUGGGAGUGCUGUUGCUUGCGGAAUGAACGCUGUUGGACAAUGCAGCAUUCCACAUUUGGAGGAAGGAACGUGCUACACGCAAGUUUCCGCAGGAUAUGAUCAUUCAGUGCUUCUGCGAAGUGAUGGGAGUGCUGUUCCUUGCGGCAUGAACGAUGAUGGACGAUGCAACAUUCCACCUUUGGAGGAUGGUAUGUGCUACACCCAAAUUUCUGCAGGAGCUAGUCAUUCAGUGCUUUUACGAAGUGAUGGGAGCGCUGUUGCUUGUGGAAUGAACGAUCAUGCACAAUGCGACAUUCCACUUUUGGAAGAUGGAAUGCGCUACACCCAAGUUUCUGCAGGAUUUGCUCAUUCAGUGCUUCUGCGAAGUGAUGGGAGCGCCGUUGCUUGCGGAUUAAACCAUGAUGGACAAUGCAACCUUCCACCUUUGGAGGAAGGAAUGUGCUACACGCAGGUUUCUGCAGGAUAUGAACAUUCAGUGCUUCUUCGAAGUGAUGGGAGUGCUGUUGGUUGCGGAUCGAACGAUGAAGGACAAUGCGACAUUCCUCCUUUGCAGGAGGGAAUGUGCUACACUCAAGUUUCUGCAGGAAUUGCUUAUUCAGUGCUUCUGCGAAGUGAUGGGAGCGCUUUUGCUUGCGGCAUGAAUGAUGAUGGACAAUGCGACAUUCCGCUUUUGGAGGAGGGAACGUGCUACACUCAAGUUUCCGCAGGAGGAUAUCAUUCAGUACUUCUGCGAAGUGAUGGGAGUGCUGUUGCUUGCGGAUUGGACCAUGAAGGACAAUGCAACAUUCCCGUGUUUGCAACCGGUAGCUACCUUUUUGUUUGUGGCAAAGACUACAUUCUGCAAUUGGGCGCAGCCCUGGAAGAUGAUGGAGCGGUCCUGACAUGCUGUGAUUUGGCCGGACAUGAGGUAUUGCAAUUGAGAGUAAAAGCGUCUGACCUGGCCUGGGAGACUCACAAGCGCAUUGCCAGUGACUUGCAGGUCACGCUUUGUGAGAUUGACUGGGCCACUGCUGAGGAGAGCUGUUUCACUUGGGCCAUGUGGAGUGUUGCCAGAGCCUUGAGCCGCUUCGCGGCCGCCUUGGAGAAGAGCUUCGGCAGCAUCGGGCAAGCAGGCAAGCAACUGGGUGCCUUGGACGGUCAAACAUCGAACCGGGCGGUGCUGUCGUCCCACCAAAACGCGCGGAGACCGCGCUACACCGAGCGCGGUGGCGGUCAAUUGGAGGAGUUUGAGUGGCUUUCCCACAUGAUUGACCACCUGCCGCGUCCUGGCGACCGAGUGGCACCUGGCGCAGAGACGUCUCCUGGCCGCCAGCUCGAGCCGGUCCCAAGGGUUGAGACGCGUCCCAUGUGUCGUCGCGGCUUCCGCGAGUCCGGCUUCGGUCGACCCCUGGCAGCGCCCGACAGCGAACGCCCAGUGCGCCUCUGCGGGAGGAGGCAAUGUGCUACACCCAAGUUUCUGCAAGAGGUCGUCAUUCAGUGCUUCUGCGAAGUGAUGGGAGUGCUGUUGCUUGCGGAGGGAACGAUCAUGGUCAAUGCGACAUUCCGCCUUUGGAGGAAGGAAUGUGCUACAAGCAAGUUUCUGCAGGAUAUCUGCAUUCUUUGCUUCUGCGAAGUGAUGGGAGGGCUGUGGCUUGCGGGUCGAACCGUUAUGGACAAUGCAACAUUCCACCUUUGGAGGAGGGAAUAUGCUACACCCAAGUUUCUACAAGAGGUCGUCAUUCAGUGCUUCUGCGAAGUGAUGGAAGUGCUGUUGCUUGCGGAGGGAACGAUCGUAGACAAUGCAACAUUCCAGCUUUGGAGGAAGGAAUGUUCUACACGCAAGUUUCUGCAGGAGAGGCUCAUUCAGUGCUUCUGCGAAGUGAUGGGAGUGCUGUUGCUUGUGGAGGGAACAAUCGUGGACAGUGCAACAUCCCAGCUUUGGAGGAAGGACUUUUCUACACGCAAGUUUCUGCAGGAGAGGCUCAUUCAGUGCUUCUACGAAGUGAUGGGAGUGCUGUUGCUUGCGGAUGGAAUUAUGAUGGACAAUGCAACUUUCCACCUUUGGAGGAGGGAAUGUGCUACACGCAAGUAUCUGCAGGAUAUGAUCAUUCAGUGCUUCUGCGAAGUGAUGGGAGUGCUGUUGCUUGCGGAAUGA